CCGCGGCGUUGGGGACCGGACGGAGGACGCGGGAGAGGCCUCCCGCUGUCGGCCUCCGAUGGUGUCCGAGGCAGAGCACCGCCCCCUGGGUAUGUUUGAGUGUGAGCUCUGUGCCUUGACAGCUCCGUACAGCUACGUGGGGCAGAAGCCCCCCAACACCCAGUCGGUGGUCCUCCUGGAGGACAGCUACGUCAUGAAGGAUCCCUUCACCUCGGACAAGGACAGAUUCCUGGUCCUCGGCUCGAGCUGCAGUUUAUGCAGCAGGCUGGUGUGCGUGGGCCCGGAGUGCAGCUUGUUCUACUCCAAGAGAUUUUGCCUCCCUUGUGUCCAGAAGAACAUCAGUGCUUUUCCUCAGGAAAUUCGGCAAGACGUGGAGAAAAGGAAAGCUCCGUCAAAGAGGCCUUCCAGCCAGCCCAGUUCUCAGACAUGAGCAGGCCGGUGCCAGGGCAGCGGGCAGCAGCCUGCACAGAGCCCCUGCGCCAGCCUGGGCCGGGGGUGCUGCUGCGCUGGGAGCCUUGCUUCUGGGCC